AUGUACCAUACCCAUAUGCAUGAAAGUUUGUCAUCUGUAACUUCAGCAGUGACUAUCCCCAACGUGACCUAUGUCUACCGAAGGCUCACUAGAAGAGAUGAUAGUGAUUCAUCACCUUCCUCAGCGUCCAGUACGAAUAGUAGUAAAUCUGCCAAAUGUACAGGCUCCAAGCAAAAGUGUCAAAAACCCACGAAUUCGAGUCAUAGCACCAGCGUGACUGUCGGUGUAGCUGUUGCGGUACCGAUAGGUGUCAUUAUAAUCGUUUUAGCUGUGAUACUUUACAUCGUAUAUAGAAGAAGUAAAAAAGAAGCUGAGGAAGACAAUGACCCAGAUUUCGAAGGGGACUCAGAAUUUUUACCGGCAAUACAGGAUUAUUCUUCUGGAAUGAAUCAUCCAUACUCCAGCGACUCACAGCAAGACUUCGUGGAGAAACCUUUACCACCUUCAGAUCCCUUUGCUAAUAGUAUGAAUAGUAGCGAAUAUAAUCUGAGAAGCGUUACUCCACCUGCUAUUAGUCGAUCAUGGUACGUAGACCCGUUUCAGCUCCCACACGAGUCAAAUGACUGUAGUAGUCUAAGAGAUUUUGCGAUGAAAGUACAAGGGGAUGGGAUAGGAGGUUAUAAAGUGGCAGCUAAUUCCAGAAAUGCUAGUCAAACGUCACUGCAUCCGGAUAAUUUUUCUAAUCAUACGCCAUUGAGGGCAUCCUCGAGAUUCCAAGAGAGUAGAAGCGUUCAGUCUCACAAUAGCGUGACCGAUAAUAAUCAAAUUCCACACAGUUCCGCCACAGCAAUUGCCUACAAGCAGUCAACUUCACCUAAUGAAUUGAGUAAAUCAACUAGAUUUGAUGAGGAGACAGAGAUUUCGAAUGAGUCACAUAGAUUGUCAGGCAACGACGCGUUCGAGUUUGAAUUCGAUGAUGCUUCAGAAAAGACUCAUAGGAAGAGUCUGCAGGUUGGUAACAAUGAUGACUACGAGCUUCAAGUCAUUAAAGAACCUGAACACGUGGAUGAUGGUACUGGUAGCAAAAAUGAAGAAGAUGACUAUUAUGUGUCCCGUUUAUCGCCUAAUGAGGAGGAAGAUAUUCAAAGAAUGAAGAGUAUUUAUCAAGUUUAUUUGGAUAGAGCUAAAACAAUGAUAAAGGGGCAGGAAAAGCUAGACAACGCAAAAGGUCUAUCGAAUGAUGACACUAUGAUCGAUAAUUUGGACCAUAAUCCUCUCUCUUCCAUCCAGGUUAGCAAUCAUGAUAGUAUUGACAAUAUUGAGUUUCCAAAAGCAAAACACCUGACACAAGACGCACUUCCAAAAGAAGAUACUACUUCGGAAGUAUAUGCUUCAAAAAUGAACCAUAAACCUAAUCAAUACAUUGAAAAAGAUACAUUGGCUGUGAAUGACAUAGAAGCGGCAGCCUCUAAUAGAAUUGCUUCUUCGAUUUAUUCAGAGGCAAUUCAGCCAGUGGAUUAUCAAGGUCAAAGUCAAAAACAUGAACAAGUGGCGGUGUACGGUGGCUACUCACAGUCUCCCGCCUCUGGAUAUAACGAAAAUGUACAACAAGGGUAUGCUGUGCCAGUUGUUCAAAACCCACAAUGGUAUGGUGCCCCAACUCCUCAGCAACAGCAAUAUAAUCAUCCCCAAACCUUAGAAACUAUUGGAGAAUUACCAACACCUGCAUAUCUAGCUCAAUCAGUUUCUUCACAUUCACUGACCUCUUUUAAGAGACCAAACAAGCAACAACUUCUUCAAUUACAAACCGCAAGACUAAACGGCACUGCGUUAAAUCCCGUAGAUCAUCCAGCAAUGUUUUAUUCACCAACAAACGAUACCUAUUAUGCUUCACAACGACAAGGUCAGUUUAUGAAGUCCAGUGAAAAUGGGGCCGUUCCCUCACCUUACCAACUUAGACAAAGUGUAGUGAUGACAAAUCCUUCAGACUUAACGGCAAAACCAUCCUAUAAACCAGCCGGUUCUUUCAGAAGUGUAAGUGCCACGAAUUCAAGGAACAACAGUUUAACCACACAAAACAAUACUUAUCUCCAGCAGCAGCAGCAGCAGUACAAUCUUCGUGUUAGCGGGAUAUUAGAAGAGACGGACAUCGUUCAACCACCUAGUGUUGGUGGCAUUUUGCCUCAUAGUGGUUCACAGGAUGAUUUGAGAAGACAAUUAGGAUCUUCUCAUAAUUAUGUUGUUAAUUAA